AUGCUUAAAACUAUUUGGAAUCAUGGCUACCGCAAAGUUAUCAUUGAAUCAGAUGCCAAACGCGUUGUGGAUUGGAUUAAUGCUAGUGAGUACGAGAAACCCCCUGUUGUGGAUUGGAUUAAUGCUAGUGAGUACGAGAAACCCCCUACUGGUAUGGUGGCUAACAUCAUUAAUGAGUGUAGGAAGUGGUUGAGGAUGAAUUGGCAGAUUCAAUUAAAUCAUGUGUUUAGAGAACAAAAUAAAGUAGCCGACGCUUUGGCAAGGAUGGCUUUGAAAUCAAAGAAUGACUGGAUGUUCCUGCCUCAAUCGGAGAGCGAGCUUCUUGGGUUGCUCAAUGAUGAUAUUUUGGGUAUUCCGGUGUCCCGUCUAGUUUGUACCGGAAGCUAA